AUGGGUUUAGGGCCAAACUUUAUAUUUCAACAAGAUAACGGUCCUAAACAUCGGUCACCUGUUGUAACAAAAUAUCCUGUAGAACAUUUAUGGACUAUACUCGAUCGACGUAUUCGACAACUUAUAUCACCACCAAAAAAUGAACACGAAUUAAAAGAACUUUUGAUUGAAGAGUGGAAUCAGAUUGGCAGCGAUAUAACUGAAAAAUUAAUUGAUUCCGUUGAAAAUCGUUUACAAGAAUGUCUAAAUCAAGGAGGAUUUUCAACUCGAUAUUAA